AUGGCUGAGUUGGAGCAGUCGGGCGAGGGACUCUGGGUGGAGAGGGAAAAUACUGGGGUGAAGAAUGUGGUGGGGAGAGGGGUGGACCCAGCCUGGGAACCAGGCUGGGUGGAGAGAGAGGCGGAGAGGGAGUUGGAGAGAGAGUUGGAGAGAGAGGUGGAGAGAGAGUUGGAGAGAGAGGUGGAGAGACUGGAGGAGAGAGAGGUGGAGAGAGAGCUGGAGAGAGAGGUGGAGAGAGAGGUGGAGAGAGAGUUGAAGAGAGAGUUGGAGAGAGAGGUGGAGAGAGAGGUGGAGAGAGAGUUGGAGAGGGAGGUUGAGAGAGAGUUGGAGAGAGAGGUGGAGAGAGGUGGAGAGAGGUGGAGAGAGAGUUGGAGAGAGGUGAAGAGAGAGGUGGAGAGACUGGAGGAGAGAGAGGUGGAGAGAGAGGUGAAGAGAGAGGUGGAGAGAGAGGUGGAGAGACUGGAGGAGAGAGAGGUGGAGAGAGAGUUGGAGAGAGAGGUGGAGAGAGAGAUGGAGAGAGAGGUGGAGAGAGAGUUGGAGAGAGAGGUGGAGAGAGAGGUGGAGAGAGUGGAGACAGAGGUGGAGAGAGAGGUGGAGAGAGAGUUGGAGAGAGAGGUGGAGAGAGAGGUGGAGAGACUGGAGGAGAGAGAGUUGGAGAGAGAGGUGGAGAGAGAGGUGGAGAGAGAGUUGGAGAGAGAGGUGGAGACAGAGGUGGAGAGAGAGGUGGAGAGAGAGGUGGAGAGACUGGAGGAGAAAGAGUUGGAGAGAGAGGUGGAGAGAGAGGUGGAGAGACUGAAGGAGAGAGAGUUGGAGAGAGAGGUGGAGAGAGAGGUGGAGAGACUGGAGGAGAGAGAGUUGGAGAGAGAGGUGGAGAGAGAGGUGGAGAGAGAGUUGGAGAGAGAGGUGGAGAGAGUUGGAGAGAGAGGUGGAGAGAGAGUUUGA